AUGACCGACCUCACGAGACUAUCUGAACAAUUGCUUGAAUCCGAUUUCGACUCAAUACCUAUCAUUGAUCUCACGGACGCUCACUCCCUCGACGUGGGGAAGAGGAGAGCUCUGGCCGAAGUGAUCCGAGAUGCUUGUCUGAAUGCAGGUUUCUUCUACGUCAGGAAUCAUGGUGUUCCGCCGAAAGUAGUGGAUGAGAUCUUCAAGCAAAGCCAUACAUUUUUCGACCUGCCUUCUGAGAUCAAAAGCACAGUCGAUAUCAAUAAAUCUGACAACUUCAGAGGAUAUAUGAGGCUGUUGAGCUCCAAUACCAAUCCGGACAAUAAGGGGGAUCGGCAUGAAGCGUUCAAUAUAGGAUUGGAUCCUCUUGUGCAUCCAGAAUCGUUUGAGCAGAGUGAGAAAGAAGGUGAAUUGAAGCAUUCAGAGAAUCUUUGGCCGGAUCAGAAGGACUGGGAAGGCGCAGAAGCCUUUAAGCAAGCAAAUCUGGAAUACUACAGACAAGUCCUCGCCUUGGGAUACAAGCUUUUCCCACUUUUCGCCCUUGCGCUCAAUCUACCUGAGAAAUUCUUCGAGGACAAGACCCGUCAUCCUGCGGCAAUUAUGCGUUUACUGUAUUAUCCAGCUUUGGAUGGAAAAGAAGUAGACGAGCUUAUGCCUGGGAUUGGGGCCCAUACGGAUUUUGAGUGCUUCACGAUAUUGAGGCAAGACGAGGUGUCAGGUCUACAAGUGCAGAAUCGGAAAGGGGAAUGGAUUGAUGCAAUUCCCACUCCUGACACUUUCAUCGUCAAUAUUGGUGAUCAGUUACAGAGGUGGACAAAUGACAUUUUCGUGUCCACACGCCAUCGUGUCUUACCAACAAUUGCCAAGGAUCGAUACUCCAUACCGUUCUUCUUCGGUUGCGAUCACGACGUGCCCCUCGUUCCGCCUAACACGUGUAUCACCGAAGAUCGACCAGCGAGGUAUGACGUUAUGACAGCUGGAGCUUAUGUUCACAUGAGAUUGUCUGAAGUCUACGCCAACGCGAAGGAAUGA